UUUCUGCAAUUUACGAACUCUUUCUUUUCCUCCGUCUAGGAAUUCUUCGUCGAAAAUCGGCGAUAUUUAAUAAAAUUCCUUUGUGAUAUCUUGGAAUUCUAUUCCCUUCUAAAAUAUCUUCCCCGAUUUUGUUUUUCAAACUACUAACAACGUAAUAAUCGGAUCUAAAUUUAAAACCAAACUAUUUUUCUUUUCAGUUCUGUUGUUUCAUCGUAACCAAGUAGCAAAUUUAAGGGUUUCAAGUUCUUGACACUGAUGCUUGAUUUGAUCAUCUGAAAUAAUUGUAAAAGAUGUCUGGACCGUUGGAUCGAUUAGCCAGACCCUGUUUUGAGGGGUUUACUAGCGAUGAAAAGAGUGAAAAAAGAGAGAGAAAAUCUGAUUUUGAAAAUUCAGAAGAUGAAAGAAGGACAAGAAUGGGGUCUCUAAAGAAGAAAGCUAUACAUGCAUCUACAAAAUUUCGACAUUCCCUUAAGAAAAAGAAUAGUAGGAGGAAAAGUGAUUGUCGCAUUUCUGUUUCUAUUGAAGAUAUUAGAGAUGUAGCUGAGUUACAGACUGUUGAAGAGUUUAGGCAAGCAUUGAUUCUUGAUGAGUUACUUCCCACCAGACAUGAUGAUUAUUACAUGAUGUUAAGGUUUUUGAAAGCUAGGAAGUUUGAUAUUGAUAAAGCAAAGCACAUGUGGGCAGAGAUGAUUGAAUGGAGGAAGGAAUUUGGUGCUGACACUAUUAAUGAGGAUUUUGAAUUCGAAGAGUUUGACGAAGUUAUCAAAUACUAUCCUCACGGUUAUCAUGGUGUGGAUAAGGAUGGUAGACCUGUUUACUUUGAGAGACUAGGGAAGGUUGAUCCUAACAAACUCAUGCAAGUGACAACUAUUGAUCGCUAUGUCAGAUACCAUGUGAAGGAGUUUGAGAGGACUUUUUCUGUGAAAUUCCCCUCUUGCACCAUUGCUGCCAAAAGACAAAUUGACUCGAGUACAACCAUUCUAGAUGUCCAAGGGGUGGGUUUCAAGAAUUUUGGCAAGGCUGCACGUGACCUUCUUCUGAGGCUGCAGAAGAUUGAUGCAGACAAUUAUCCGGAGACCCUUCAUCGAAUGUUUAUCGUCAAUGCGGGUGCUGGUUUUAAGAUGAUCUGGAGCACUGUGAAGUCCUUCCUUGAUCCCAAAACUUCCUCCAAGAUUCAUGUUCUUGGAAACAAGUAUCAGAGCAAACUGCUUGAAGUAAUAGAUGCCAGUGAGUUGCCAGAGUUUUUCGGUGGUAGCUGUCAUUGUGAAGAUCAGGGAGGUUGCCUUAGGUCGGAUAAGGGUCCAUGGAAAGACCCUAACAUAUUGAAGAUGGUUGAGAAUGGGGAAGCAAAAUGUACUAGGCAAAUCGUGAAGAUUUCCAACAGCGAGGGAAAAAUUAUCACCUAUUCCAAGCCAUAUUAUUCUUUGGUAAAAGGUGGUGAUACUUCUACAGCUGAGUCUGGAUCAGAAGCUGAAGACAUAACCUCACCUAAGGCACCUAGGACUUAUGAAAAUCCUCGGUUGACUCCAGUUCGUGAAGAAGCAAAAUUAGCUGGAAAGGGAAGCCUCUCUAGUGCAUAUUUGGAGUAUGAUGAAUAUGUACCCAUGGUUGACAAAGCUGUAGACUUUGGAUGGAAAAAAGAAAUUGCACAUCAGAUAUCUUCUGCUUUAAAAGGGAAAACAAUACCACUGCCCGAAAAACAAAUGUCUAAAACAGGACUUAAAGCUCGAAUGUAUGCUAUGCUUAUGCUCGUCUUCACAACUCUUGUUGCUCUUUUUCACACAGUAACUUUUCAUGCGGCCAAGAAGCUUCCCAAGACAGUUUCUGACUAUACUAACUUCAUCGACCUAACAGUGGAACCAAUGCCCAUGGAAGAUUUCCGUCCUCCCUCUCCUACCCCAGAAUUCUGUGAGGCAGACCUCCUCUCAUCCGUGCUCAAAAAAUUGGGGGAGCUUGAGUUAAAGGUGGACACCCUCCAAGCUAAGCCAUCUGAAAUGCCCUGUGAGAAAGAGGAGUUGCUGAAUGCUGCGGUUUGUCGUGUAGACGCUCUGGAAGCAGAACUAAUUGCUACCAAAAAGGCUUUGCAUGAAGCUCUAAUGAAGCAAGAAGACCUGCUUGCAUAUAUAGACAGCCAAGAACAGGCCAAGUUGAAGAAGAAGAAGAAGUUUUCUUGCUGGUGAAAGUGCAACUCCUAAUUCGCGGCAAAGCUAGGAGUUCUUUCGGGGUGGAGCAUUACAUUGUGUUUGUAUAUGUGAGAAAAGAAAAAAGAAGGAAAAAUUGUGAACAGGCUAGUAGGGGCACAAAAAGUUACGCCUUGAACAAUUGGUGUGACACUUGCAAAGACUUAAAGGCAAACUUUUACUUUGGGAUAUAUACUAAUACUCAUUUCGUCCUGUUGAAAAGGAUACUUCUUAUUUUUGUGUGUAUUUGCAAAACUACUCUCAUGAUGAGAAAUUUGUGUAAAUAGUGAAAAUCUCUCUUUUAGUCGGAUA